UAGAAUUUCUGUAUCAUUUUACAACUUUCUAGAGAAUUUUUUUCAGAAUUUUUACUUGAAUUUUAAAAUAUUUCAAAAUUCACAUAUUCAUACGAAAAAUUCUAAAAAGGAUGCAGACUAUCUGGGGAUUUCUAAAAAGCGUUCCAAUUCGGGAAAAAAUUUUCACCGGGAAAGCGCGCAUUUCUAUGAUCGUGGACGGUCUCCUUUGAGAUUCCUCGGGAUUUACAGUGCGAAACUUUUCAAUGCUCUUCCCGGUUCUUCAUGCGGGAUCUCCCCCGGUUUUGGCAUUCAGGGGAUAUCGUCUUGUUUUCACGAGUUGAGAAAAAGAGGAGAAUAUAGAGCCCGCGAGCUCCCGCCGUUCCAGCAGCGGCGAGACGGACGCGCGCGUCGCGACGCCGUGACACGUACACGUCGCGCGUCGCGUCCGCGGAGAAUUAUUAGGCGGGCCUGGAGCGUUUUCUCGCGGGUCGUGUCGUUCCCGCGCGAUGACGUUCCCGUCGCCGUUGUCGCCGUCCGGCACUUUUGUUCUCCCGCAGCUCGCUCCUCCCUUUUUUUUUAUUGCCCUCUUUCUCCCCCUCUUCUGUCUUCCCGUCGCGUUCCUCGGCGGUAUAGCUCCUUACUCGAUCGCUAAGGAACUCGAAAUCCUCUGAAAACCUCGGCGUUCAGUGGCACACGCUGACUCAGGACGCACAUGCGAGAAUAAACACACGGGUGGGAGGCGGGACGGGAAGACACGUGCAUAAAUCUGUCACAACGUUCGUGCGGACGGAUUAGGGAGAGAAUUGAUAGAGAUCCAGUCUGCGAAGUUGAAUUUCUCAUCCCCAAUAAAUCGCAAUCAAAAUUCACUUUACUUCAGCUCGGUUAAAAGUUCGUGGGCUUUGUAUCCAAAUCUGCAAACUUUUCGCACUCGACUUGUCAAUACUGUUUACGAAAGAAUCAACUUUGAUUUCCUUUAGAAAUGGACUUCACUUUUUUUCAAAUUCUGUACGUAAUAUCUCGUAUGUCUUAAGUCAAGUUUCUUACCCUUCCAUACUACAGACCUAAUGAUUCGCGUGCCGUUUAUCAAUCAUCGAAGAAAUACCUGCCCUUGCUUUUGUCGAUUCGUUGUAAACAUCCGUCGCGUGUUUCUCUCGAUUCAACAAGCAGGAUUUAAUUUGCGAAUGUGUAUUUUCGUUUCUUCAAUUACUACAAUUUCGAGGGAGUUUCGAAGAAGCCAAGGCGACAGGGGGAGAGUACUCGUGAGAGGUCUCGGGAGCCGUGUCGCCGCGGGGCCCGAGUGAGUGUCCAACGUUCUGUAACGCGAGGAGGGGUCGUGUGAAACCGCAUCUGCGGUUUUCUUCACCACCAUGAUGACGCGACGCGUCAUGAUCGUGGGCCUGUGCAGCCGUCCGCACAUGUGCGAGAGCACGAUGUGGGCAACGUGGAAAUGCCGUUUACACUAUUUUCCAUAACAUUUCCAUAGCCUCCGGAUGGUCACUUCGACCUCAUCGUGUCGACUUUCGGUCGCCACCUUGCGCCCGUCCGUCAGCAAACCCGUAAAGUCUGUCGCGUUUUAUUACGGUUAUGGAGCGACUGUUACGUAGCGAUGCGCCGGGUGCAUAUUACGUAUCUUACACCGGGGUAACUCUUUGCUUGCCGAGCUGCAAGUAAUUCUCUCAAAAUUGCAAGCGAGUCCAAUAUCGAUGAUUUCAAUCUUCAAAAUUCUCCAUAGACUCUUCAACAAAUCCUUAGUGGAUUAUUUUAAUAAAUCAUAAUAAACAUAAUACGCCAAUCGAAUAUUCUGAAUGUUCCAUAAAUUAGUUUUAUAACUCUGAGGAGUGUUCCCUUUGUUACGAACAAAAGUGACGUCGACGCUGAGAAAAAUCGUUACAAAUCGAUAGAGGCUCCAGACGAACUUAUUGUCGUAAGUCUUUUUUCGAAUUUGUCUUUCCUCGCCCGCGAGGGGAAUACUGACGCGUAAAUGCACCGUGACGCCUUAAAUUUCGUCGAAGAACGACGAAUUCAUAGCAUGGAAAGCCACGGUGACCAUUGCGCGACCACCGUGAAGCCAUCGCGUUAAGGACGAUCAAAAGGACAAGGGGGCCUGAGAGCGUUGACGAUGAUUUUGGUAGAUCACCAACGGUCAAGUUCGUCCUUACAGUUACAGUAGCACUCUCGUUGCGAAGAAUAUGCGAAAAUAUAAAUAUGUUUUUGUAAAAUUUAAUCAAUAUAAAUCAAUAUAGUUUUCUAAUAAUUUUUUUAUGUAUAAAUAUAGAGAUGCUGAAAUCCUAGAAAAUAUACAGAUGUUGAAAAAUGACAACGUAGUUUUGAGUUUUGAGUAAAUGUAAUAUAUAUAUAAUAACUUAUUUUUAUUUAAAAUAUUUAUUUCCCUUAAAAUAAAAUAUUGUUAUAAUACAUGUAAUGUUUAAAGAAAAAACAAGAAAGAGAGGAAAAAGAAAAAAAUUGAUCUUUCAAAAAGUUUUAUACAUUCAAUCGUAAAAAUGCUGUACUAUUUAAAUUCAUGUAGAAAUAAAAUUUCAAAUUUUUUUCUUCUGAACUGUGUAGAUAACAAGCAAGAUUGCUUUCGUAUUACCAACGCCUGGAUAAAUAAAGCAAUUCGGAUUGGUCUAAAUCUGACGAUGGGGAAGGGUAAGGAUUUUCUUUCUCUCUUUCUACAAGGAUCAUUUUAGACGAUCACGGUCGAGGACGAGCACCGGUCCUGAGGCAAACGAGAGGUCAACCGCAAAUGGCGGUCAUCCACCACCGUGACGCCAUCGAAUUAAAACACCCAAAAGGAUCCAGUAUGGAUCACAUCGCGAUUCAUCUAGAGAUGCUGAAGUGGACGGUUUCGAGAUCGUUGUCGACAACCAGUUCGACACCCCACGGUCCGCCCACCUUGAACAAGCCUCCCCGCCGGCCUUUCCGAGACUUGUCCAACACACCGCCGACUUCUGCUAGCUGCCGAACCAGGCAGGUAUCUACACAGAAUGCAUCGAAUACGUCUAGAACAACGCCGGCUCGGAGGAGAAGGUGUAGAAGUAGCGGAACUGACUUGAGGACGUAUUUUCAGGCGACGAAACCGCAUUUGAGGUCGAGUAAACGUCAGUCCGUGUCACACGAAACGGAAAAUUCCUCGGUAUCCGAGAGCUUCUAUCAAAGUACACCGAGAGUAGAUACCGACAUCGGACCUCUCACGUAUUAUCCACCCGGCAGCAAGUGUUCCACCGCCCUGACCCUACCAACGGAUCCCGCGCUCUUCAUGAACAGUUGCGCCAAGAACUUCCAGAGCGACAACGAGCUGCCGCAAAAUGUUGUCAACGAGGCGCGAGCGAAUCUACAGUCGCACGUUUCCGACUUCUUUCAGCAGAUCUCGAUGGCGACCAGCCCCGAGGACGUGAUGGAGGCCGGCUCGAUGCCCCUGGGUACGAAGACCAAUGCAUAUUCCCAGAACGUCGAGCAGAAGACGCGGCAUGUGAGGACGCCGUAUUUACCGAAGCUAGCAAAGAUCACGAAGAUUCAUGCGCGAUGCCGAACGCCGUAUCACACCAAACUCGCUCAAGCAAUCAGUCCCUUCAAGUCGAAGGUAGCUCAAGGGCAGACGCCGCUCGUCGGAAAGCUGUCGAAUCUCACCAUAGAUCAAGACUUGCCGAAAUACGAGAAUAUGGACAACACUGUCACGGAGGUGCUUCAUAGAGAGCAAGAAGUCAAUUUUGGAAGCAAGACCGUAGCUGAGAUUCUUCUGGGCGAUGCCGAGGAAAGGAACAAGGUUCUGGAGGCGUCGUGCGAAAAACGGCCGAAUUCAAAGAUGACGGAUCAUACGUAUGAAACUAUCGUGGAGGUAGUAGAGGAAGAAUCGCCGGCGCGCAAUGACAGCUCCAUAUCGUCGGUCAGUCAACUCCUGGAGGACCCUUCACCGGUGUCCUGGGCGUUCACGUCACCUCUGAACGACCUCAAUGGUGAGUUCACACUUAAGAGGCAACGUGGCAUUCGCCGGAAACGUCCGCGGAAAGACGGUGACAAAGCGGUGGACGGCAAACGAGCCAAGAGAACGUGUAGUCCUUCGAUAAAGGAGAAUCAGCUCACGCUAGUCGAAGCCAUCAACCCGAAUGUGAAGAAGCUCGCGUUAGAGACGGAUCUCGAUUCGACCUUGGACGAGAAGCACGUGCCGGCCACGAAAAUGUCCUUCUACGGUGUUGAAGACCGUAAGGAGGACGACAUUAGCAGGAAGACCAGUUCCUGGGACCUUGACAGCCCAAAGUCGUCCAUGAUGGAUGAUCUGCAUAGUACGAAAUCAUUCGUCACUUCUGUGUCGACAACCCCGGAGGUCCCCUUGGUAGCGACUGUCCGAAGAUGUUUGAAAUUCAGUCCCGAGGGCGAACUACCGACAAGAUCCAAUUGUCGCGGAUCGAUCGAAAUCGAGUGCUCCCUCGUGGCAGAGCAUAUACACGUUCGAGUGAUAAGGUGCAAGGACCUAAGGCGGGCAUACGAAGGGCCGGUGCAUGCGUACGUCAAAGCAAGCCUAAAGAACACCAGCGGAGAGGGAGUCGUCAAAAGGACCGCAGUUCAUCGCGCUACGCCGAAUCCGGUGUUCCGCGAGACCCUCAUACUCCCCUGUCCAGCGUAUAAUAGUCACUGUAUCGGUCACAGGCCCACGUCCCUGGACAUCGCCGUCUGGCACCGAGAUCGCCGUGCGAGACGUAGCGAGUUACUGGGCUGCAUGACUCUUCCUCUGCCUCUGUCCCAGGAUAAGGAAGCGACAUGGCACCCUCUCGAAGCCGGAUCCGUCCGAAAUACGAGCACCCCUUUCGCGGGUGUACCUCAAGACUGCGUCGUGUCGCCGCCAUUAUCCAAGGAUGGCGAGUCAGAUAAUAACAACUCAGGAACGGAUGAUUUAAUGUAUCUGAGGCACCUGGAGCUAGAACCAGUUGAUCCUCUGACAGGCCUGCCUCUGCAUCCGGGAUUCACCGCGAAGGGUGGCAGAACUCCUUGUACUAUCACGAGAAGGCUCAUAAGGCAAACUUUGGUCAAUCAGAUCCCAUGGGGAUUUUCGUUAUCGUGGGGCAGGCCGCCGCGAGUUGAGCGCGUGGAUCCGGGAAGUCCGGCGGACCGUUCCGGCUUACGGCCGGGCGAUCACGUGGUGUUCGUUGAGACUACGAACGUAGUGACGAGGCCACGGGACGAAAUUCUGGGCCUCAUCCAGGCCGCCACGAAUCAGCUGGUGCUAGAGGUGUACCGUAAGGGAGGUGCCGUCUCCAGUGCCCAACACAGGCCCAGCUCUGUGAACGCGACUCUUCAGCCCUCCUCCGGUGCCGGCUCCAACGUCCAGCACGUCACGUUCAACGCCGAGGUUUUUCCGAGCCUGGCACCUGACGCGCCACCCGAGGAGGAGUUAACUGUACGUGAGACCAGAUACUGGGGCGUCCUAAAAAGCGGCCACACGCGCUUUAUGAUCCCGCUAUGCGAGCGACGCGAUGUCCUGUCGGCGGCAGACUAUAUGAUCCUAUUCCAGAACUUGGAUGAGCUGCUCAAACUGUCCGAAGAGAUCAGGGACGAAGGCGGCGGUGUCGACAGCUAUCUCUGUAGAGUUCCUAAAAUCACAGCUGCCUAUCGAAGAUACCUCAGUGGCCUACAACGUGCCUGCUGUCUGCUGGUUGCUCUCAGACGAAACACGGCCUUCGCCAAGUUGGUCUGCGAGCCCGCGGUGCCGCAUAAACGACGCCCCGAUCUCACCGGGGUGUUGCUUCUACCAUUAGAACACUACAGGGAAAUGACAAGAUUGUUGGGCCAGGCGUCCCCGCGAAAUUGCCAACAAGCAAGGGAUUUGGCCCACGGCUAUAGAGAAGCUACGGCUAAUGCGGGUGUCAUGGAGCCGCCACGGGACACCGGAAGGCCCUUGUUAAGUCUGCAGGAAGUAGAAUCUCGACUGGUAUUCGCGAGAUGCAAACCAUUUACUUUAGCGAUGCCAGGAAGACGAUGGCUUUUUGGCGGAGCUCUCGCUAAGGUUGAAGGUCGAGCGCGUCUGCAACCUUCCUGGGCAUUGCUGUUGACUGAUCUUCUUGUGUUCGCGCGGGUAUCGCGAGACCGUGUGCUCUUUGUAACUGAAGAACCUCUGCGGCUGUCCAGUAUCGCCGAGGCGUGCUUCACCGUGCGCAAGAGGCCGACGGAGUUUCGACUGCAGGUCGCCAUUCAUCCGAACGGCAACGGGGACAACGGUCAUGCCGAGACGAUAAACAGCGGCGGUUGCAGCCCACACAGUCGACCCCGAAGACGCGUUCUCAUCUUUCGUGCGCCCACCGCGGAGCUCAAGGCCGUCUGGCACAACCUUCUUCAACGGCAAAUCAUCUAUGUGAAUACAGGCUGUGGCCUGGGGUCGUCGGAACAAGAUAGCCCCGAAGAGAGUCCGGUUCCCGGCAACAAUUUCACCGCGACUAGAGAACCCAUGGAAAGUUCGCAGAUCGCGAGGGAACCUCGGCAAUCUAACGAAGAAGAAAAGGAGUCGCAGAGUGAGAGUCUGGAGACGAUCCUGAAGAAUUCUCGGGAGAACAAUCACCUGGCGCAAUGGGUGCGCAAUUCGCAUCAGAUCCCUCCUCCGGACCACGAGAGCUCUUUCGAGGAAUGGACGGCCGAGGAAUUGGCGGCCAGAACUCCCCGAGAGAGCAAUAGUCGGUCGACCAGCCAGGACACCGCAACGGAGGAGAUCCCCACGGGGAAUUCCGACGUGGAGCAACAGAGCAGCACAUCGAGCGCAAGUCUGAGCACCGUGAAAUCAAACAGCAUGGCGCGGAAGAACGGCAGUCACGUGUCCACGAAGGAGAACUUGACAAGCUCCAUCAGCAUUUGCCGAAGAUGCCAUAGAUCGGGUUGUCCUACGCCGCCGUUGCAAAGGGACCCGUUUUCCCCGUUGCCGCCAAAGAUUUCGGUUCUUCCACCAACCCCUGAUCUGUGCACGAGGCACAGACUGCGAAAUGGCCUGCACGAUAGUCCAGGACGUAAUAGUCCUAGUUAUACGCCCGCGGAUGGUAACACCGAGGACGGCAGCGAGGACGACCUCGAUUGCGACGGGGAACCCCCUUACAGAGCUCUGAGACGGUUCGGUACAAUGAGCAGUCUGGAUCAAGAUGACGAGUUGGAUGAGCAGGGGGAUGAUGACAACCGGGACUUGGAGUCACCACCGUCCGGUUUGAGAGCGUGGACUGCCCGAGCGAGUAGUUACGUCGUCAGCAAGAUGGUUUUGUUGGACCAGCUCAGCGAAAGUGUCGGCGGUUACCUUCUUCAACCACCGGUACCCCCGGAGCGAACCGAGUUUUCGUUAGAUCCAAACGACGAGGAGGGUACCACGUCCGGGGCGACUUCCGGUGAUGAUAUAUGGGGCACGCCGACCUCCGGCGGACCAGACGAUGAAAGUUUCACCGCCAAUUCGCCGCCGCCGAACGGCUGCAGCAGCAGCGGCGGAGUGGUGGGCGCCGGUGAAGACAAUUACGGCCUAAACCUGUCCGCGGAUGAAGAUGCCGAUCAGGAGUCAGAAAAUGAGGAUUGCUCGCUGCCCGAGCUCAGCAUGGAUCAGUUGCUAGGUGGUAGCGGCAGUCUGGGCUCGCUACGCUGUUUUCUAGGCAGGAGGCGGCUGGAGCCGCUGCCGGAGGAAGAGGACUCGCCCGGGAGCGGCAAGCACCAGGUCGGAUGGUGGUGACAGAGGUCUAAGGUGAGCGUCGGUGCGAGCGCGGAGGAGCGCGACCGCGUCUUCGCCAAGCUGAACCAGGAGGAUGAGGAUUUCCGCCGGAAGAUCGUCGACCUACACCGCAAGCUGUCGGACGUGGAUGCGGCACCGGAAACGCUCGGUUCGCCUAAUUCCAGCAGGAUUUCCAAGGAAGCUGAACGUCUGAGGGAGUUGGAGGCCGUCGCGAGAAGAGCGGAGGAGACUAAUUCUCGCAACGCCGAGGAGAUGAACGCCGAGAGGUGGCGAGAAGCUAUGCGGAGAGAGGACUCCGUCGAGGUGAGCGACAGGAGGAGAUACAGAAGCAGAAGACAGGAUCAGCUGAGAAGAUCGAGGAGAUUCGAGGAGGAAUUCGACGAUCAGAACGGGAGUCCGUCCAGCACCGGCGAGACAAAUUUUCUGAACAGACUGAGGCUAAAGAGACGGAGCUUGAAGCUACUGAGUUUUCUGAGCGGAAGAGCGGCGGAUAGAUCGCAAGAGGAGAGAGCAACGCGACUGCUGAGAAUGUACAUGCCGGAGAAAAGUGGCGCCAGGUCGGCGCAGAACACGAUCUCGAUUCAUCACACAUCGAGGGACAGGCGCUUCUGGAAACUGCGCAAUCGGAGACGAACCAGUUCCGCGUAGUAAACUCGUAAGAGUUAUCGUGGGUGAUGCUAGCUAUGUGAACCUGGAACCCGACUUUACAAAAACUAAAAAUUAACAACACAACUCGUUUAUACUUCGUUUGUACCCGUUUGUACCACCUUUUAUUUUGUUAGUACCUCAAAGGAUAAACAAAUACAAAAUGGUUAAAAAAUAGCCAAAACCCCA